ACUAAAGUACGUGCAUAAUGCUCUCCUAAAGCUCUGUAAUUUUGAGCAUGGGGUAAGAAUCUGAGCUUUCUACCCCCCCCUGGAAACGCCCCAAAAUGUCUUCUGCGAUUCUCAAAAAGACCCCCCAAAACCUGAAGCGUUUUGACAGAUUUUUGGCCUCAAGAAUACAAAAUUUCUGGCACACGUCCGGCGCCACCCAGCCUUGAAGCGGCCGUCGCUCUACUCGUCGGCCGUCGCUCUACUCUCCUAAAAUCUACAGUUUAGAGCAUGGGAUAAGGCUCUGAGCUUUCUACCCCCCGGACAGGCAGCCGAAUGCCGAAGAGAACACCCACUAUAGCAGCUGGUGCGGCUGGUGCAGCACGGACUUACAAGACGCAGAGUUGGAAUGCAAAGUUUGAGGACUGGGUGAACAGGAACCGACGCGAGGUCCACCUUGCCGGCACGCACCUUGUGUCCUGGCUUGGUGCCCAGGUCCGCCAAACCGGUGGACACCAGAUGUCCGAGGCCGCACACUGAUGAAGGCUGGAUGCUGGUGGAGGGACAUGGCUGGGAGGUGCAGCGCGCUGACACGGCGGUGCGGUAGCUAGGGUUCAUGGCGUCCUUGAUGUGACAAUUCAUGGCUCACCGUCACAAUGGGAUCAAAUGCUUAAAACAUUCAACAGCACUUCAUGGACGCAUGACAUGGCUCUAUCGGCGACGACCGCACUGUGUCGGUGUUAGUAGCGCAUGCAGUUUACUGUGUAGAUUAUGCCGCGCCCCAUUUUAGAAGCGGGUGGAGUCACUCUCCAAUGGAUGAGAAGACGAAGGGUCACCUUUCGCGUGUGGCGAUGUGCACGCCCUUUCUGUAAUUUUACAACGCG